ACAGGACACACAAAAAAAAGAAAAAGAGAAGGAGCAAUAAAUAAAAGAAGAAGAAAAAAAGUCAAUAAAAUACACAAAAAAAGAAAAUUAAAAUGGCAAAGGCUAUUUUGCUCCUCUCUGCUCUCUGCAUUGUAGCCCUUGCCAACUUCGCCCAUUGCCACCCUCAAGUCUUUGAUGUUGAAGGCAAGGUCUACUGUGACACGUGCCGUGUCCAAUUCGAGACAAAACUCAGCGAGAACGUUGAAGGUGCCACCGUGCGCUUGCAAUGCAGGAACAUCAGCACAGAAAUCGAGACAUUCUCGGUCGAAGGCGUGACAGACAAAGAUGGCAAGUACAAAUUGACAGUGGAAGGUGACCACCAGGACGAUAUAUGCGAGGUGACGGUCGUAAAAAGUCCAAGGGAAGAUUGCAAAGAAGCUGUCACAGGUUAUGAAAAGGCCAGAAUUGAGUGCAGUGACAAUGUUGGAAUUCACAAUGCUGUUAGAUAUGCCAAUGCACUUUUCUUCAUGAAAUCUGAGGCUGUUUCUGGUUGCAAGGAAGUUCUUGAUGAGUUGGGUUUAUUCCCACUUGAAUUCUAAAUUUGUUAAAUUUAAGUUUAAAAAAAAUGUGAAAAAAAAAUAAUAGCUUUUGCCCAUUUUGUUUAAUGGUUAAUGUAAUAAAUAAAGAAUGAGGAAAUAUGGAUUUUCUCAUGUAUAUGUACUCUCUCAUAUGGAAUGAAAAGUUCCAUGUGAAUUGUUGAAUGAGAAGAUCUUGAUUAUAUUUUAAGAAAA